GAAUUCUUCUUCCGCUCUCGCGUCGCUCCGUUCUCAUACUUCAUCACCUCUCUUCGGUAACGUCUCCGCUCCCUCCUUUCCCGUCACUUCUCUCAUCGGUACCUUCGUAGCCCAGUCCACAUGUCGUACGACGGUAAGUUUUCCUGCGAAUCUUCCCUGAAGCGCCUUCUUGCUCGCUGUUCCGGUCUCCGCUCCGACCGCAAGCUCCUUGCUCUCUCCCAGAAGGUCGGUGCUGUCACCGCGGAAGAUAUUGCAGAGGCGAUCGCGGAGCCGUUCCUUCACCCUAACUAUACUAUUCCAAUAGUCGGAUGCUUCCGCCCGCUCUGCCGUCUGAUAGUAGACAGGGCCGUGACAAAGCUUGGUAGCGUCCCUAGCUUGAUAUCGAUGUCUGACGAGGAAUCGGAUGACAUUGGAGAAGAUGACACUCGCGUGAUAGAUUUUUAUAUGGAAAGAGGGAGGGGCUUGCGUCUCCACGAGAUGGCUUCAUUGGCCUUGUGCCGGGCACUAGAUUUGGCACCAUUCUUUCUCAGGUGCAUCAUAAAUUAUUUCAGAUUUUCUCCCCAACCCUUUGCACGGCUCGAGUUGGUGGGUUUUGAUUCCCAGAUAACUGACAAGGGUGAAAAGCAUCUUCUUGAUGUAAUUCGGUUAACUUACCGUUUUUUAAUAAUGGAGCCACAAAUAUUUUCUGGCUUAUGGGAUUGGACCUGCUUUUUAGACCUUAUGCAACAAACAUCAAAUGUUGGGGCUAGCCUUGCUCCAAGACGCCUGAUAAAUAUAUUGGACAUAAGAUGGUGUGGAAUUCAAAUUCUCUCUACUUCUCUUAAAAUAAGUGAUAGAGCUACUGAAGAUUUUGGCUUGGGUUCAGAUGAAGCUUUUGCCUGUUUACUUCGGUUUGAGGAAUUCUGCCAGGAUACCUCAUUGGAAAAGGCUGGAUUUUAUCUCCAAUUAGUCGAGGAAGAUCAAGAAAGGUUCUCAGUUGGAAUUGAUAAUUUUAGUCAAUUUUUUGACUUUGACUAUCAUAGUCUAGUUUCAUCUACUAAUUUGCUUAAGAUUGAGUCUGGAAUAAAGGAUGUUCGACACAAGGUUUUGCGUGUUGUGCCUGGUAAGCCAUUUGUCAUGACUUCUACGAUUAGAAGAAGUUUUGAGAUGAUAUUAAUGGCGGUGGGUCAAAGAUGGCCCAUACUUCUGCAUGGUCCUGCUGGUUCUGGAAAAACAGCUAUUAUUAAUAUGUUGGCAGAGAUCAGUGGGAAUCAAGUUUUGUUCAUUCACAUGGCUGAUGAAAUGGAUAGCAAAAUGUUGAUUGGGAACUAUGUUUGUUCGAACCAACCUGGUGAAUUUAGAUGGCAUCCUGGUUCACUUACACAGGCCAUUUCAAAAGGAUAUUGGGUCGUGUUUGAAGACAUAGACAAAGCAUCUAUUGAGGUGCAGUCAAUCAUAUUGCCCUUGCUAGAAGGUUCAAAUAUUUUUGUUACUGGUCGUGGGGAGGAAAUUGAUGUCAGUGAAAACUUCCGUAUGUUUGCCACAAUAUCAACCUUGAAGCAUGAAGUUUCACAUGAGAUUGAAGGAAGGCUCUCCUUUUGUACUUUAUGGAGGAAAGUGUUAGUUAAAAUUCCUAACAGUGGAGACAUGACCGAGAUUGUAAAUGCUUGGUAUCCAAAUUUAAAUCCACUUACCUCAAGGCUUAUGGAUACUUUCGUAAUAAUAAACUCUCAUUCUUCCAACCAAGUGGGAGCCCAUGCUUGUGGGGGUUCAUCUGGCGCUGUAUCUAGGUUUUCAUUGAGGGAUCUUUUGAAAUGGUGUAAGAGAAUCUCAGAUUUGGCUAUCAGUGUUUCUGGUUUUCCAAUUUCAGUUACUGAUUGCCAAGCUAUUUAUCAUGAGGCUGUUGAGACAUUUGUUGCAUACCUCCCCUGUUCACCAAAAAAAUUGUUAAUGAUGAGAGAAAUUGCCAAGGUGUGGGGUGUUCCCUUGCCAGAGACAGAACAUGAUUAUCCUCCUAACAAGCCUGUUAUCCAGAGUUGUAGGUCUCAUCUGCAAGUUGGAAGAGUUGCUCUCCCGUUUACUCAGAUUCCAAAUUUGCCACCUGGUAGACCCUUUGUUGGUAUUCGCAGUUCCCUGCAUGCUCUCGAGAGGGUUGCAUCCUCUGUGAAGUACAAUGAGCCUGUUCUUCUAGUUGGAGAAACUGGGACUGGAAAGACAACUCUUGUGCAGAAUCUUGCAAUGAGACUUGGGCAACAACUCACUGUCUUGAAUCUUAGCCAGCAAAGUGACAUUGCUGAUCUUUUAGGGGGAUAUAAGCCUGCUGAUGCACGCUCAAUUUGUAUACCUCUUUACCAAGAGUUCAAGGAAUUAUUCUGUAGAACUUUCUCUGAGAAGGAAAAUGAAUCUCUACUUCGCCAUCUUGAAAUAUAUGCUGUUGAAAAAAAAUGGAAGAAGUUGCUAUGUGCAUGUCAACAGUCUGUCGACUACGUCAUUCAGCGUGCUCCAUCAUCUUGUGGCUCGAAGAGGAAGAGACCUUUGACAGAAGUUCUUCAUGAGUGGGGAACAUUUUCUUCGAGACUUAAAGCUGCUCAGAAGCAAAUCGGAACUUCUUCGGGUGUCUACUUUAAAUUUGUCGAGGGAGCUUUUAUAACUGCUUUAAGGAACGGCUAUUGGAUUUUACUUGAUGAGAUUAACCUUGCUCCUCCAGAGACAUUGCAGAGAAUUACUGGAGUCCUGGAUAGUGAGAAGGGUACGCUUUGUCUGGCUGAAAGGGGUGAUAUUGAUUACAUAGAUCGUCAUCCAUCCUUCCGGUUAUUUGCUUGCAUGAAUCCGGCAACAGAUACUGGAAAGCGUGAAUUGCCAUAUUCUUUAAGAAGUAGAUUUACUGAGUAUUUUGUAGAUGAUAUUCUGGACGAAAAUGAUCUGACUCUUUUUGUUAGGCGAUACAUGGACGAGAUGGAUCCUGAUAGUGGAUUUUCUAAUAGGAUUGUUCAUUUUUACAAAACUGCCAAACGAGAAUCAGAGGAGAGGUUGCAAGAUGGGGCUAAUCAGAAGCCACAAUUCAGUUUGAGGUCUCUUGCACGUGCUCUGGAAUAUUUUAAAACAGCAGCAAAAACCUUUGGCAUCCAAAAAGCUCUUUAUGAUGGAUUUUGCAUGUUCUUUCUUACUCUGUUAGAUUGUCCCAGCGCGAAAGUAAUGCACAGCAUGAUAGUUUCUUAUAUCCUAGGUGGAAGUUUACCCAAAGAUGUUCCUUUUGAUGCCUAUUUCUCCAGCUCAGUUGGGUUUUUGGAUGAUUAUGUUCUCACUAGAAGUGUUAAGGAAAAUCUAAAGAACAUUGCACGGGCAGUUUAUAUAAAAAAAUUUCCUGUUCUUUUACAGGGCCCAACCUCUAGUGGGAAGACUAGCCUUGUACAUUAUCUUGCUUCUGUUACUGGUCAUGAGUUUGUGCGUAUCAACAAUCACGAGCAUACUGAUUUGCAGGAAUACUUUGGCACCUAUAUCACUGAUUCCCAAGGAAGGUUGCUAUUCCAAGAAGGUGUAUUAGUGAAAGCAGUGCGCCUUGGUUACUGGAUUGUCUUGGAUGAGCUGAAUCUUGCUCCAUCUGAUGUAUUGGAAGCCUUAAAUAGAUUGUUGGAUGACAACAGAGAACUUUUCAUACCUGAACUUCAAGAAACUAUUCGUGCACAUCCUAAUUUUAUGCUAUUUGCAACUCAAAAUCCACCUACAUUAUAUGGAGGACGGAAAAUGCUAUCUCGAGCUUUCCGUAAUCGAUUCUUAGAGAUACAUGUUGAUGAAAUUCCCGAAGAUGAACUUUCUAUGAUUUUGGAGUUGAGGUGCAAAAUUCCUCCAAGCUAUGCUUCAAAAAUGGUUGAAGUUAUGAAGGAGUUACAGUUGCAUCGGCAACACAGUAAAAUCUUUGCCGGGAAGCAUGGCUUUAUUACUCCCCGUGAUUUGUUUCGAUGGGCAAACCGGUUUAGGAUGUUCGGAAUGUCCUAUGAAGAUUUGGCAAAGGAUGGUUAUUUUCUUCUCGCUGAAAGAUUGAGAGAUGAAAAUGAGAAAGUCGUGGUUCGAGAAGCUUUGGAGUGCCACCUUCGUGUGAAACUCAAUGUGGAUAACUUGUAUAUGGAGGCAAAUCAAGAUCAAAGUUCUCUCAAAUCCAUUGAACAAAAUUGUUCAAACCAAAACUUUGGAAAUAUCACAUGGACCAAUAGUAUGAAGAGGUUAUUUUUUCUUGUUGAACGCUGUUAUAGAUUGCGUGAGCCUGUUCUCCUGAUUGGUGAAACUGGUGGUGGGAAAACAACAGUAUGCCAAUUGUUGAGUGUUUAUUUGAAGGAGAAGUUGCAUAUCUUGAAUUGCCAUCAAUAUACAGAAACUUCUGACUUCAUUGGGGGAUUCUAUCCUGUACGAGAUCGUUCGAAAAUGUCCAACCUAUUCAUACAGCUAAUUGAGCAGAUCAAUGCAUCGAGAUUCUUUAAUUUCUUCUCUAGAGAAGAACUUUCCACUGACAUUACAAAAGCUUCAUCGACUAUCACUAUCCUAAAUGAACUUGUGAAUACCUAUAAGCAAAAUAUACCUUUGCACACAGUUAUUAGGCAACAAGAUCUCAAAGUGUUUCAGCAAUUGAAUAGUGAUCUGAUACAUCUCCAUCAGAAAUGGCAGACCAUAUUCCUUUGGCAGGAUGGUCCCCUUGUGCAAGCAAUGAAGAAUGGUGAUCUUUUUCUGGUUGAUGAGAUUUCCUUAGCAGACGAUAGUGUUCUUGAGCGCUUGAAUAGUGUUUUAGAACCUGAAAGGAAAUUGUCAUUAGCCGAGAAGGGCGGUGCUAUUCUUGAGCAGAUAACUGCACAUCCAAAUUUCUUUCUUCUUGCAACAAUGAAUCCAGGUGGUGAUUAUGGGAAGAAAGAAUUAUCACCAGCACUACGUAAUCGCUUUACAGAGAUAUGGGUUCCUCCUGUCAGUGACAUGAAUGAGUUUAGAAGUAUUGCUCAGGAGAGAUUCAUUAAUCCAGAUCUAUCACCCUUUGCCAAUCAUAUGCUCAACUUUUGGGAGUGGUUUAACAUGCUUCAAAUUGGUAGAUCUCUUACAUUAAGAGACUUAUUAUCAUGGGUUUCUUUUGUCAAUGUUACGGAGCGAGACCUUGGAUCUAUAUGUGCUUUUCUCCAUGGAAGCUUUCUCGUUUUACUUGAUGGAUUAAGUUUGGGGACAUCUAUCUCGAAACAUGAUUCUAAAAAAGUGAGAGAGCAUGCUCUGUCUUUUCUUGUUGAAGAAUUGAAGGUGUGUAACAGCACUUUAUUCCCCUUGCAAUGGACUAAACUGGAAAGCUAUGGCUGGGGUGAUGAUGCAAUGACUUGCAAUAUGAUUGUCACAGAAGAGCAGUUUGGUAUCGAACCUUUCUGCAUUUCUAAAGGGAAAUAUGGAUGCAAGAAUGAAGGGUUUGAGUUCCUAGCACCUACUACUAGUAGGAACGUUCUACGGGUUUUACGUGCAAUGCAACUUUCAAAGCCUGUGCUGUUGGAAGGUAGUCCUGGAGUUGGAAAGACUAGUUUAGUUGUUGCAUUGGCUGAAUAUUCUGGACACUCUGUGGUGCGAAUCAACCUUUCUGAGCAGACUGAUAUGAUGGAUCUCCUUGGCUCAGACUUGCCUACUCAGAAGGACAAUGGCAUGGAAUUUUCUUGGUCUGAUGGUAUUCUUCUAAAGGCUCUGAAGGACGGUAGCUGGGUUUUGUUGGAUGAACUUAAUCUUGCUCCUCAAUCUGUGUUAGAAGGUUUAAAUGCCAUUUUAGACCAUCGUGCAGAAGUCUUCAUACCUGAGCUGGGUUUGACUUUCAAAUGCCCUCCUUCAUUUAGGAUUUUUGCAUGCCAGAAUCCUUCACAUCAGGGUGGUGGCAGGAAAAGUCUCCCUAGAUCAUUCCUGAAUCGCUUCACAAAGGUUUAUGUUGACGAGUUAGAUGCUAAUGAUUAUCUUUUCAUCUGCCGAUCACAAUAUCCAUCAAUUCCCGAAACAGUUCUUUCAAACCUUAUUUGUUUCAAUAAGCGACUCUUUGAGGAUACUAUGAUUCAUCAGAAGUAUGGUCAGGAAGGUUCUCCGUGGGAGUUCAAUCUGCGUGAUGUUAUCCGAUCUUGCCAAAUUAUAGAAGGUAACCGAAAUAAAGUCUAUAUGGACAGCUUCUUGAAUAUUGUAUAUCUUCCAAGGAUGCGAACUGUAGCUGAUCGUCAUGAAGUUCUGAAGCUUUAUGAGGAGGUGUUUGAGCUCAAGCCAUCUGUUUCUCAGUUUCCUAAAGUGCAUGUCAAUCGUGAUUAUCUGAUUAUUGGAAGUGCUUGUGUCAAAAGAAAUUAUUUCCAACCUUCUAAAUUACUGAAAAGCCAGCUAAAUAUUCUACCAGGACUGCUUCAUAGCUUAGAAGUUGGCCUCCACUGUGUUCAACAGCAGUGGCUGUGCAUCUUGGUUGGGCCAUAUUCAUCUAGGAAAACAUCCCUUGUACGUUUGCUUGCUCAUCUUACUGGAAAUACAUUACACGAGUUGAAUCUUUCUCCUGGAACUGAUGUCACAGACUUACUUGGAUCUUUUGAGCAGUAUAAUUCUUUUCGAAAUUAUAAAGAUGUCAUCACACAGGUUGAACAUUACAUUGAUGAGUAUGUUAGUCUAAAAUUGGAGGAAGAUUGGAAAGCUUUAAUAAAUCAGAGGAAAGAUCUAAUUUCUAAGUGGUUCUCAUUCCUUGCUUCUAGAAACAAAAAUUAUUCUUUGUCGACCUCAUUAGUUCCACCUAUUCCAAAACAAGGAUAUUGUGAUUGCCUCCAUCUAUUGAUUGAGAUUAUUGAACUUCUUCACCAUGUCAAUGACAAGCUAUCUGUUUCUUGGUCAAAAGAUGACUUGGAGAAAUUAUGGACAAUUACUUCUGGCAUUAAGAAAAAUACAUCUUUGAAUUCAUCAGCGAAUUUUGAAUGGGUUUCUGGUCAUUUGAUUAAGGCAAUACAAAAUGGAGACUGGGUUGUUCUUGAGAAUGCAAAUCUUUGCAAUCCCACGGUUCUUGACAGGAUCAAUUCUUUGUUUGAGCCAAAUGGCUCAAUCAUAAUUAACGAAUGUGGGCUACUUGAUGGUAAACCAAUGGUAUUACAAGCCCAUCCUAAUUUCCGAAUGUUCAUCACUGUUGAUCCAAAGCAUGGUGAAGUCUCUAGAGCCAUGCGCAACAGAGGAGUUGAAAUAUUCAUGAUGAAUCAAAUUUGGCUGCCUAAAGAAGUACAUCUGGAGAGUGAUAGAGAAGAUGUCAAAAGGUUCUUAAUUUUGUCUGGCAUUCCUUACAACAAGUUGGUUUCUGCAAUGACUGAAGCACAUAUGUACCUUACAAAGGAGGGGUCACGCCUAGGUAUCCGCAUCACUCUUCGUGAGCUGUCACGCUGGGUUCAACUAUUCCAGCAGCUACUUUUGAUGGGCAAUCAACCCAAAUGGAGCCUCCAGCUUAGUUGGGAGCACACUUAUUUGUCAUCUUUUGGGGAUGAUGAGGGAGUAGAUGCAGUUAUGAAAGCGAAAUUUUCUUAUUUGUCAGAUACUAAUUGGUUUGUGUCAAAUGAAAUACUAGGGCCUUCUUUGCACUUGCCUAAGGGUUGGCCAUCUCCUCUCACAUUAAGAUGUGCAAAAUGGUACUCAAGAGAGACAUCUACAAGAGAGAGCUGUUUGUUUUUGGAAUUUUUAUUAUUUCAAUCUGCAUCCUGUGAAUUCCAAACACAUGAAAUGGUUACAGCAAUUCAAAGUCAGAAAAUUCACCCAUCGAUCAUACCUAUGAAUAUGCUUCGUCAAUUCUUAUUUCCGGAUUGUGUUUAUGAGACAAAUCUUGAGGCUCAAAUUAGUAUCAAUCAAUUUGACUUGACUCUUAUCAACAAUAUGCUUUUCUUUGCUGCAAACUGGUCAAUUGAGCAGGCUAUGGAAAGUGAUACUUCCUUGUAUGCCUUACUAUUCAAAUGGUACGGGUCUCAGGUGCAACAAUAUUGUCAAUAUUUUAAUUCUAUCUUGAACAUUUUUCAGAGUGAAACAAAUCAUUCUAUUUGGAAAUGUAUUUGCAAGUACUGGAAGGAUGUGAUAUCUUAUCAUAAGAUUGAUGUUAGAUCGAGGCCUCUUCCAGUGCUUUCUCAUGAGGUGGUGAAUUUGGUUUCUCAUGAAAUGCUGAAGGAUUGCCAAAAAAGUCUGUGCAGUGCUGCCGAUUCUGUAAGAUUGCUUAGCCUUACAUAUAGGCAGUGGAAUAUGGAAUCAGAUUCUUUAAGCCAAUGUGAGAGUUUGCAGUACCCUGUGUUGCCUGUAUUGAACUUUUUGGGACGUUUGGAGAAAGAAGCACUUGAACAUAUCUUGGAGUCACACGAAGUUCAGCAGAUAUACACUGAGCUUAUUGAGUAUCACAUGCUGUUUUGGCAAAAUGUUUUCUCAUCUAAUCAUGAUUUGUUAUCAAUAACAUGGAGCUUCCUGAGAAGAGAAAUAACAAAAUUGAGGCCUCAUUUCCCUGAAUGUGUAGAUGCUGUUCUGGUUGAAAUGAAUAAUAUGCCAAUUUGGGAUUUUGACAUUGAAAAACAUGCACUAUGGCUUUAUGGAGGCCAUCCAUUUUUUCCAGCAUCUAGUGAUGUGUAUGAUAAGAUGCAACAACUUUUUACUUUUUGUGAUGAGGUCUGGCUGAAGGCUAGGUUAACAAACAACGGUUCUGAUGAUGAUAAGCAUAUGAUCAACAUUAUUCUAUCAUCUGAUUUGGAACUGAAGCAAUUGGCUCUAAAAGCUCUUUGCAUGUCAUCAUAUCUGGCAACGAAGGGUGUUCAGGAUGACAUCAACAUCCUUUCCAAGAUUGAUGAACUAUAUCAGGGGCUCACAGGACAGUUUGAACAUAAAAAGAGAAAUCUUGAAUUGACCUUUAGUUCUACAACAGUUGAGAAUAGGAACAUAGAGAAAAUUGGGUCUGGUUCUGUUAGGCGGAUUCUUUAUUCUAUGACAUAUAUUCUACUUUGUAUAAUAUGUUUGCAUCCUGUUGCCUGGAUUUCACAUAAUACUGGAUUCUGUAUUAUUUCUUUUCAAAUUUUAUGCUUUGCAGGGACAUCUAUCUCGAAACAUGAUUCUAAAAAAGUGAGAGAGCAUGCUCUGUCUUUUCUUGUUGAAGAAUUGAAGGUGUGUAACAGCACUUUAUUCCCCUUGCAAUGGACUAAACUGGAAAGCUAUGGCUGGGGUGAUGAUGCAAUGACUUGCAAUAUGAUUGUCACAGAAGAGCAGUUUGGUAUCGAACCUUUCUGCAUUUCUAAAGGGAAAUAUGGAUGCAAGAAUGAAGGGUUUGAGUUCCUAGCACCUACUACUAGUAGGAACGUUCUACGGGUUUUACGUGCAAUGCAACUUUCAAAGCCUGUGCUGUUGGAAGGUAGUCCUGGAGUUGGAAAGACUAGUUUAGUUGUUGCAUUGGCUGAAUAUUCUGGACACUCUGUGGUGCGAAUCAACCUUUCUGAGCAGACUGAUAUGAUGGAUCUCCUUGGCUCAGACUUGCCUACUCAGAAGGACAAUGGCAUGGAAUUUUCUUGGUCUGAUGGUAUUCUUCUAAAGGCUCUGAAGGACGGUAGCUGGGUUUUGUUGGAUGAACUUAAUCUUGCUCCUCAAUCUGUGUUAGAAGGUUUAAAUGCCAUUUUAGACCAUCGUGCAGAAGUCUUCAUACCUGAGCUGGGUUUGACUUUCAAAUGCCCUCCUUCAUUUAGGAUUUUUGCAUGCCAGAAUCCUUCACAUCAGGGUGGUGGCAGGAAAAGUCUCCCUAGAUCAUUCCUGAAUCGCUUCACAAAGGUUUAUGUUGACGAGUUAGAUGCUAAUGAUUAUCUUUUCAUCUGCCGAUCACAAUAUCCAUCAAUUCCCGAAACAGUUCUUUCAAACCUUAUUUGUUUCAAUAAGCGACUCUUUGAGGAUACUAUGAUUCAUCAGAAGUAUGGUCAGGAAGGUUCUCCGUGGGAGUUCAAUCUGCGUGAUGUUAUCCGAUCUUGCCAAAUUAUAGAAGGUAACCGAAAUAAAGUCUAUAUGGACAGCUUCUUGAAUAUUGUAUAUCUUCCAAGGAUGCGAACUGUAGCUGAUCGUCAUGAAGUUCUGAAGCUUUAUGAGGAGGUGUUUGAGCUCAAGCCAUCUGUUUCUCAGUUUCCUAAAGUGCAUGUCAAUCGUGAUUAUCUGAUUAUUGGAAGUGCUUGUGUCAAAAGAAAUUAUUUCCAACCUUCUAAAUUACUGAAAAGCCAGCUAAAUAUUCUACCAGGACUGCUUCAUAGCUUAGAAGUUGGCCUCCACUGUGUUCAACAGCAAUGGCUGUGCAUCUUGGUUGGGCCAUAUUCAUCUAGGAAAACAUCCCUUGUACGUUUGCUUGCUCAUCUUACUGGAAAUACAUUACACGAGUUGAAUCUUUCUCCUGGAACUGAUGUCACAGAUUUACUUGGAUCUUUUGAGCAGUAUAAUUCUUUUCGAAAUUAUAAAGAUGUCAUCACACAGGUUGAACAUUACAUUGAUGAGUAUGUUAGUCUAAAAUUGGAGGAAGAUUGGAAAGCUUUAAUAAAUCAGAGGAAAGAUCUAAUUUCUAAGUGGUUCUCAUUCCUUGCUUCUAGAAACAAAAAUUAUUCUUUGUCGACCUCAUUAGUUCCACCUAUUCCAAAACAAGGAUAUUGUGAUUGCCUCCAUCUAUUGAUUGAGAUUAUUGAACUUCUUCACCAUGUCAAUGACAAGCUAUCUGUUUCUUGGUCAAAAGAUGACUUGAAGAAAUUAUGGACAAUUACUUCUGGCAUUAAGAAAAAUACAUCUUUGAAUUCAUCAGCGAAUUUUGAAUGGGUUUCUGGUCAUUUGAUUAAGGCAAUACAAAAUGGAGACUGGGUUGUUCUUGAGAAUGCAAAUCUUUGCAAUCCCACGGUUCUUGACAGGAUCAAUUCUUUGUUUGAGCCAAAUGGCUCAAUCAUAAUUAACGAAUGUGGGCUACUUGAUGGUAAACCAAUGGUAUUACAAGCCCAUCCUAAUUUCCGAAUGUUCAUCACUGUUGAUCCAAAGCAUGGUGAAGUCUCUAGAGCCAUGCGCAACAGAGGAGUUGAAAUAUUCAUGAUGAAUCAAAUUUGGCUGCCUAAAGAAGUACAUCUGGAGAGUGAUAGAGAAGAUGUCAAAAGGUUCUUAAUUUUGUCUGGCAUUCCUUACAACAAGUUGGUUUCUGCAAUGACUGAAGCACAUAUGUACCUUACAAAGGAGGGGUCACGCCUAGGUAUCCGCAUCACUCUUCGUGAGCUGUCACGCUGGGUUCAACUAUUCCAGCAGCUACUUUUGAUGGGCAAUCAACCCAAAUGGAGCCUCCAGCUUAGUUGGGAGCACACUUAUUUGUCAUCUUUUGGGGAUGAUGAGGGAGUAGAUGCAGUUAUGAAAGCGAAAUUUUCUUAUUUGUCAGAUACUAAUUGGUUUGUGUCAAAUGAAAUACUAGGGCCUUCUUUGCACUUGCCUAAGGGUUGGCCAUCUCCUCUCACAUUAAGAUGUGCAAAAUGGUACUCAAGAGAGACAUCUACAAGAGAGAGCUGUUUGUUUUUGGAAUUUUUAUUAUUUCAAUCUGCAUCCUGUGAAUUCCAAACACAUGAAAUGGUUACAGCAAUUCAAAGUCAGAAAAUUCACCCAUCGAUCAUACCUAUGAAUAUGCUCCGUCAAUUCUUAUUUCCGGAUUGUGUUAAUGAGACAAAUCUUGGGGCUCAAAUUAGUAUCAAUCAAUUUGACUUGACUCUUAUCAACAAUAUGCUUUUCUUUGCUGCAAACUGGUCAAUUGAGCAGGCUAUGGAAAGUGAUACUUCCUUGUAUGCCUUACUAUUCAAAUGGUACGGGUCUCAGGUGCAACAAUAUUGUCAAUAUUUUAAUUCUAUCUUGAACAUUUUUCAGAGUGAAACAAAUCAUUCUAUUUGGAAAUGUAUUUGCAAGUACUGGAAGGAUGUGAUAUCUUAUCAUAAGAUUGAUGUUAGAUCGAGGCCUCUUCCAGUGCUUUCUCAUGAGGUGGUGAAUUUGGCUUCUCAUGAAAUGCUGAAGGAUUGCCAAAAAAGUCUGUGCAGUGCUGCCGAUUCUGUAAGAUUGCUUAGCCUUACAUAUAGGCAGUGGAAUAUGGAAUCAGAUUCUUUAAGCCAAUGUGAGAGUUUGCAGUACCCUGUGUUGCCUGUAUUGAACUUUUUGGGACGUUUGGAGAAAGAAGCACUUGAACAUAUCUUGGAGUCACAUGAAGUUCAGCAGAUAUACACUGAGCUUAUUGAGUAUCACAUGCUGUUUUGGCAAAAUGUUUUCUCAUCUAAUCAUGAUUUGUUAUCAAUAACAUGGAGCUUCCUGAGAAGAGAAAUAACAAAAUUGAGGCCUCAUUUCCCUGAAUGUGUAGAUGCUGUUCUGGUUGAAAUGAAUAAUAUGCCAAUUUGGGAUUUUGACAUUGAAAAACAUGCACUAUGGCUUUAUGGAGGCCAUCCAUUUUUUCCAGCAUCUAGUGAUGUGUAUGAUAAGAUGCAACAACUUUUUACUUUUUGUGAUGAGGUCUGGCUGAAGGCUAGGUUAACAAACAACGGUUUUGAUGAUGAUAAGCAUAUGAUCAACAUUAUUCUAUCAUCUGAUUUGGAACUGAAGCAAUUGGCUCUAAAAGCUCUUUGCAUGUCAUCAUAUCUGGCAACGAAGGGUGUUCAGGAUGACAUCAACAUCCUUUCCAAGAUUGAUGAACUAUAUCAGGGGCUCACAGGACAGUUUGAACAUAAAAAGAGAAAUCUUGAAUUGACCUUUAGUUCUACAACAACCAUUGCAGCUCUCAAAUGCUCUACUGCUUCUUGUUGUACAUUUUGCUUAGAGGAUUUAUGUCAGCAAUCAGAUUUUGAAGAGUGGUUGUUAACUGUUUCUUUGUGUGAUGUAACAAGCUUUUUAUUUGAUUUAGAGUUGCUCUCCAAAUUCUCAAAAUGCAUGCUGGCGGAUACUUCUGAACUUCAUGAGGGUUUACUCAACUUGUCAGAUUCUCUAGUACAUUCAGUCGAAUACGCCUUAAAUUUCUCAUCUAGGCCUCCAAUGGAUUUCACAUCACAUCAAACAAUUUUAUGGAUUCUUGAUGCAUGGAAAACUUUUGAUUCAGUUAAUGCAGAACUCUCCAUGACGGUUAUUGACAUGUGGUUCAAAUUUCAUAGUUUCCUUUGGGGUCUAUGCUCAAAAACAAACCUGAUGAUGAAACUAGAUUUCGAGGAAAUAUGCUUCGUGCUUCCAUCAAGAACUGCCAUAAUAGACAAGAUCUUGCAAAGCAAUUUCUCUAUAGUAGAUUAUGACAUCCAAUGUUUGAAACUUAGCACUACUUCUCGUAAUCUUUGGCAAGCAACACUGUCACAAGGAGAAAUAGUUUGGUUUCUUCACUCAGCUGCUGAUUCUCUUUUCAAGCAGAUCAUAUUUGUGCAUUAUAAAUAUUUUACUGAAGAUGUAUUUUGCAAGAUCAGAUCCUUCCUGUGCUCAGCUUUUGGAAAUUCUACGCUGGAAGACAUACUGAACCUGAAGAUACUAAUCUCUUCCUCAAAUCAUGUUGGGUUGUGUUCUGUCGUGGAUCUACUUGUAGAACCUAUUCUAAGAGAAUUAUACAUGAAGCAUCCAUCUAGUGAUUAUCUUUAUAACCUAGGUUGUGCAUGGUUACAUAUUGGCAUGCUAAGGUUUUAUCUGCUAAACCAAGAUGGUCCUGAUCCAGCAUUAGAGUUUUCAUUCAAACAUUCGAAUAUGCUGCGGAAGAUAUCUUUAUUUGACCUUGAAACUAAGGUUCGCCAAGAAUGUCAGCUUCUAUCUGGAAAGGAUUUAGUCUUAUAUAAUGAAGAUCAGAGACUACUUACAUCACAAAAGCUCAAGGAGGAGGAGAAACAAUUACGAGCAAAGGUUGUGUUCCGCCCAUCAUGUUCUGAGUAUAGUCAUCUCAGAUCAGAAUGUUUUGAUUAUGGAAAGCUUUGCUCUUCAUUGAUUGAGGAUCUUAAAAAUAUGGGAAAUAUCUCUUCAAUGGUCCUCUGCAAUUGGCAGGCUACAUCUUCAAAGUUCAUAAAUCGUCUGUCAGAGAAAUAUGCUAAUUAUGCUGACCUGGUUCAACCAGUUCUGGUUGCAGUUUAUGAAAUGAAAUUAGGUGUGUCACUGGUUUCAUCUAGUGCUCUGCAAAAGGAUUAUCUGGAAAAGGUUGGAGGAGAUGAUAUUCAGAAGAUCAAGGCCGAAGUCUAUUCUUUUAUGCAGUUCCCAAGAAGUUUGCUGUAUGAUAGCAUCCCUGUUAAUCUGAAGAAUUAUGAGCAGGACUCCGUGGAUAAAUUUGUUUAUGCUUCUGCAACUACGAAUCUUUGGAGCAUUGAAUUAAUGAAGAAAUUGAUUAAUUAUUCAAGUGAAACUAAUCUUGAAAAAAAAGUGUCACCUCUACCGCUGGAUAAUAUACUUCAUUAUGUUAUGCUAAUUCAAACUACUGAUCAUGUUUUAUAUUCGCAUAUAUUGGACAAAGAUUGCUUCCUGGUGCUAAAUUGUACAUUUGAUCGCUUUGCAAAACUAUGGAUGGACAUGAAAACACAAUUGAAAGCCAAGGAAGAUGAAGAUCAAACUUUCAAGUUUAGAACUCGUUUAAUCAAGAUAGAAGAUAUUAUGGAAGAAGAAGAGUUAUCUGAUAAUGCAAUGGAUUUUGAUGAGAGACUGCUAUCUGAGACAAGCAAAAAUGAACAGGAGUUCAAUGAAAUGAUGAGACCUGUUGAAGAGGAUAAGAAAAUAGAAGAAGAAUGGGAGCUUAUUCAUGAGACAUUCUCGAAGAGUUUGGUACGGAUUCACAGUUUGUUAUAUGGAUCAAUUGGCAUCGUUGAAAAUCCUAGUGCUCGUUUUGUUGCCAGAGAUGAUAGAUUGAUCUCCUUCUUGCAAUCCUAUAAGUUGGGCACCAGAAUAAUCAAGGAUAUCGAUGCAUUUACUCCUCUAUCUGAUGACCAACUUAUGCCUGAAUAUCUUUUUCGUGUGUGCUUGGAGUAUGAAGAAAAAUUUGGCAUAGCAUGCAAACCACCUCGUGCAUACAAUAUUUACAAGGAUUCAAAUUCUAUUGUGCUACAUAAAAUGACUAAACCACUUGGCGCUAUCCACAAACGAGUUGAACUUUUCCUGGUUGAGUGGCCAGACCAUCCAGGUCUUCAGAAUUUGGGUAAUAUUAUUGAGAAGCUAUUGUCAGCACCACUUAGCACACCCGUGUCGAAGGCACUACUUGGUCUGCAAAUUUUAGUUCGUAAAGCCAAAUUUUUACAGGAAAAUGCUUCCAUGUUUUCGUUCAAAGAUCUGCUCGAUCCAAUUUAUUCUUUGAUCUCUUCAUGGCAAAAACUUGAACUAGAUAGCUGGAAGACUUUACUUGAUGAUGUUGAGGAGCAAUUUGAGAUUAACGCUGCAAAGCUUUGGUUUCCUUUAUAUGCUGUUCUUCAUCGUGGAACAUCUUAUGAUGCUGAGGCUGAUAAAUUGUUUACCAUUCAAAGUAUUGAGGAAUUUGUCAAAAGUUCGAAUGUUGGAGAAUUUAAGAAACGGCUUGAUCUUCUUUUUUCUUUCCAAGGCCAGCUCAAUCAUGGUGUUGUCCUAAAUGCUUAUUCCAGUUCAACUAUGAGAGAGAAUGUAAACGUUCUGUACAAUGCAUUUGGCUACUAUGUGCAGUUCCUGCCUAUAGUGGCUGACUACAUUGAAACUGAAAGAAAAAGUAUAGAAAAAGAUUUGAGAGAACAGCUUAAGCUUUUCAGUUGGGAACGUUCUCAUGACUUGUCCAUAGAGAGCUUUAGUAGAAUGCGGCAGAAGAUCCGGAAACUUGUCCAAAAAUACAAUGAAGUUUUACAACAACCUUUGAUGCUCGUUGUUCACCAAGAAGCAAUAUCAAAGAGGGAGAAAAUUCCUGCUUGGCUUGAAAGUUGGACUUCUGAUGAAACAAAUGUAGAUGUCUUGCAGUGUCCCUUGUCUGUUAUAAGAAGCAACAAUGUGAAAAGGUUCUUUUGGUUUACUAGCUGGAUGGACAAGGCUAAUAUGUUAACAAAAAAUGAUAUCUUAUGUGCUCAAGGAUUGUCGGAUGUCAAACACACGUUGACUUCUCCAACUUCAUUCAAUGAAUUAGAGAAGUCAUGGGAGGAAAGCUGGUUUUCAAUUGAAAAUAUAAGCAGAAAGGCAGCUCAAUUUGCUCAUAUUUGGAGACAUGGAACUAAGAACCUCACAAAGAGACGGAUGUUAGGCAAUUUGUUAAAGGUUCUUGAAAAGAGUGGAUUAUCAAGGCAUAGACACAUAUCCGAUGAGCUUGGGAUUAGCAUGUACUCUCAUCCUUCCUACAAUGUGCUGCAUUUACUCUUGCUUGGGGACUUGCAUAAAUCUUCUAGGAAUAUUAGCACCAGUAACCAGGUUCAGUCUGACAAUCGGGGAGAUGAUAUAUUUGGUUUUAAGUUGAAGUCUACAAACAUCACUUCUCAGGACAAUAAAGGAGAUGACAUAAUUGGUUCGAAGUGGAAGUUUGCAAACGAGCUUUACUUUAAAAACUUAGCUGUUAUGAAUCAGCUUCAAGAAGUUUGUCUUAAUUUUAGCAAGGAUUUCAGUAAGGAGCAGGUUGAUCAAACAAGCUCUUUUCUUUGUCAACUAGUUUUCAUCCAGCAAGAACAGAGAGAUGCUAUGUAUAGUGCAUAUGAGCACUUGAAGAAACUACAACUGAAAUUGCGGUGGAUGAAUGCAGGAGAACAAAGUGAAGAUCUCACUAUAGCUAUGAACCAAUCUGCUCUCCUUAUGUUAAUGUGGAAGCAAAAGAAUGUAUUUGACAGCUUACUUGCCAUGUCAAGAGAGACAAAUAUGUUGCUUGGAUCUUUCAAAAGUUGUCACCUGGAUACCUGCAAGGUUAUCAAGGAUGAAGUUGAUAGAAUUUAUUCUGUGAUUGAUAUGUUCCUUCCUAGAUUUUCAAAAUCAAAGGAAUCACUGGAUAUGUACCUACUCUGUAAUGAUAGUAUUGUUUCAGCAGCUACUGAACUCCCCUUCCUUAUUACCAAGAAAAUGGAAGACCUGGUGAUAUCCAAUUCUGAAAUAAUUAAUGCUUUUGAAGAAUCUAUUCUCGUUUUUAGUUUUGAUAAGGCUUUCCCAAGGUCCAUUGGAGGCACUUUGCUUAGUCGCUUUGAACAGAUCAUUCCUAAGGGGAAGAUGAAGGUAUUGAUAUCUCAGAUUGAUAAGGAUAAACAGUGUGCUACUAGAGAAAAUUCCAUGAACCUAGAGACUUUUUACACUGAAAGUUAUGAGCGAACCAUUAAACUCUUGUUGGAUGUUUAUGACAAAUUGUACACAAACAGUGUGUACAAUAUUCCUGCUCAUGACUUAUCUGGGCAAAUAGCUUUAUGGAAUCAACUUUUUCAGUCACAUAAAAAGGUUCUACGACUGGAAGAAAUUGAUGAUGCUUUUGGUGAAACAAUUUCUGCAGCAAGAAAAUUUGUUGACUCGUUUUCAGAUAGGAAAGAUGAAGUGUGUUCUCAGAUGCAGAUACAACUUAAGCAUCUUUAUGUCCUUUUGGACCUUAUCCUAACUUUUGGAGAUGGCAUCCUAUCUGAAUUUUUGGAUGUGCAUGCAGCAGUAGCUGAACUAACAAACGUGCUCGCCCAUAUAUUUAUAUUGAUUUUUUCUAAAGGAUUUGGAUCAUCACAAGAAGAAACAGAAAACUCAAAGUGCAAUGGGACUGAAGAUGCCAGUGGAACAGGAAUGGGAGAGGGUGAAGGAGUUAAUGACGUAAGUGAUCAGAUUGAGGAUGAAGCUCAGCUCCUUGGUACAUCUGAGAAGCACGAUGGACAGGAUGAGUUAGAAAAACAGCCCAAUGGCAAUGAUAAAGGAAUAGAAAUGGAAGAAGAUUUUGAUGGUGAAACAUUCAGUGUCAGUGAGGAUUCAGAAGAUGAUGACCUUGAGGAUGAGGAGGACCCAAACUUGGAUUCUCAGAUGGGACAGACAGCAGAGGGUGACCAGAAAGUAGAUGAGAAACAAUGGGAUGGGGAUGAAGAUGAUAAUACUGAAAAUCGUUCAGAGAAAUACGAGCCAGGUCCUGCGGUCAAGGAAAAAGAUUCAGGUAGUAGAGAGCUUACUGCUAAGGAUGACAAUGCUCUUGCUGCAGAUGAUUUGGAAGAUAUAGACAAAAAUCAAGAUGACAGGCUUAACGAGGAGGAUAAUGAUUCCAAAAAAAAUGAAGAUGAUUUUAAUUCUGAUGAUAUGGUUGUAGACAAAAGCAAAGCAUUUGAAGAUCCUACAGAUAUUCAAAUUGAGGAAGAAGCAAAACAAACUGAAGAUGCUGAUAUGGAUGAGCCUCAAGGUUCUGAUAUGGAUGAAUCAGAGUUGGGUUCCUUUGGAUCUGAUGAAGAAAUGAAUGAUGUGGAUGACAAGUCCAAAGAAGACAAUGUUGUUGAUGAGGAUGUUUCUCAAGUGGACAAUAAUUCAAGGAUCGAAGUGGAAGAGAAAGCUGAAACUGCAAAUAUGGAGCCAGAGUCAAAUAAGGAAACUCUUCCGUCUGAUACAACGGAGACCUUUGAAUAUCCAUUGGAAGGGAAAGAAUCAAUCAAGUCCUCUGGUAAUUCUCAUAUAAUAGAAUCCUUAAUGGUGUCAGACAUGCUUGCUGCUGACAACAAUGACAUAAAUAGUAGCAUUGCUCCGUCGAGGUCUUUACUAUCUGAUGAAAUGUCCAAAAUCGAAAUUGCAUCCAAUUCAGUUGACAAUUCUAAAAUUUCAUAUGAUCAGUUUCAGUUGAAACCUGAGAAUUCACAGGACAGCUGCUCAAGGACCAGACCAAAUCCUUACAGAAGUCUAGGAGAUGCAAUGGAAGAUUGGAAAGAGAGAGCUAAAGUGUCAGUUGAUCCACUAGAAAGUCUGCCUGAAUUAGUUGAAAAUCUUGCCAAUGAGGAUGCAGAAGAAUAUGAAUUCGUUGCAGAUGCUGAAAAGAGCACCUCUCAGGCUCUUGCAGCUGCGACAUCUGACCAGGUUAACAAUAACCUUGAUAACAGCAAAUCUUCAGCGGAUGAGAAUCAUAGGAGGAAGAAUGAAGAUACUAAUCAAAACAGGGUGAAGGAAAAUUCUGACACAAGUUAUCUUAAUCCGCGACAAGAUUUGGUUUCAAAGAAAAAAGACGAUGAGCUUCCUUACAUGGAUAUUGGAAAUGAUUCAUUGAUGACAGAAAUGGGACAAAUUAGUAAUUUGAAUAAUCAAUAUGAGAGUGUGGUCUCAUUCAAAAGUUCAUACAUGAAUGAGAAAGAAUUACUUCUGAAUACAAGCACAGAUGACAAAGCUUUCUCUAAUUCAUUGGGGAUCGAAGAUAUGCCUGAGGGGCCGUUGCAAGAUACUGUUUUAGAAUGGAAAAAGUAUGAAGUAAGCACAACACGGUUAUCUCAGGUACUUGCAGAACAAUUGCGACUUGUGAUGGAACCCACUCUUGCAAGUAAGCUCCAAGGAGAUUAUAAGACUGGAAAGCGAAUUAACAUGAAGAAGGUUAUACCAUAUAUUGCAAGCCAUUUCCGGAAAGAUAAAAUUUGGUUAAGGCGGACCAAGCCAAACAAAAGGAACUAUCAGGUGGUUGUUGCUGUGGAUGAUUCACGCAGUAUGUCUGAAAGUAACUGUGGAAAUGCAGCUAUUGAGGCAUUGAUAACUGUGUGUCGAGCAAUGUCACAACUAGAGGUUGGCCAGUUUGCAGUUGCAAGUUUUGGUAGGAAAGGCAAUGUUAGAUUGCUCCAUGAUUUUGAUGAGCCCUUUACAGGAGAAGCUGGGGUCAAGAUAAUGUCUAACUUAUCAUUCAAGCAAGACAAUGCCAUUGUUGAUGAACCAUUGGCUGAUCUUUUGAAGUAUCUCAACAAUAUGCUUGAUAAUGCAGUAUUCAGAGCACGCAUGCCAUCUGGCCAAACACCACUUAAUCAGCUCGUUUUGAUAAUAGCUGAUGGAAGGAUUCAUGAGAAGGAAAAUCUGAAGCGCUAUGUAAGGGAUGCUCUGAAUAAAAAGCGAUUGAUUGCACUUAUACUACUUGAUAGCCCUGAAGAAUCCAUCAUAGAUUUGAUGGAAGCAAGCUAUGAAGGAGACUGCCUUUCAUUCAAGAAGUAUCUUAACACUUUUCCUUUUCCAUACUACAUAAUUCAUAGAAACAUUGAGGCGCUUCCCCAGACGCUAGCUGAUUUAUUGAGACAAUGGUUCGAGCUGAUGCAGAAUGCCAUGGAGUAAAAUGCAUGGGAUCUUGGCUAUAAGCUUGCCCGAUGAAUGGCAUGUCAAUGCCCUAUUCUUGUGGCAGCCCCAUUCUGGUGGUUUGAGCUGAUGCAGAAUGCUGUGGCCUAAAAUGAAUGAGAUCUUGGCUAAGCUUGCUCGAAGAAUGGCAUGUACAUGUCAUAUUCUUUUGGCAGACAUCAACAACAACAAUGCCCUUUAUAUAAUUCAAUACUGAUGAAGUUGGAGCCUUCAAGAUCUUAAAACAACAGCAGAUUGCAUGUCCUCUUUCAGCUUAUGUACUCACCCUGUAACUAUUGAAAAUUUUGCUUGGUAGAUUGAAUUAGAUUCCCAUUAAAUGACGGUGCAGAGAUAAAUGUAUCUACAAAAUUAUAUAUAAUAUCAUAUUGCCAUUCAAUCCUCA